CCGACGACGACACGGCGUCACAACCGAUCACGCCGCGCUUUCCACAAGAAGAGCAUGCCGUUCAUGUCGUCUGCUACGCUGCCAACGCCGGUGAUUGGCAUCGGACCCAUGUCCCACGGUGUCCAUUAUUCCAAGCAGCGGCCCCGUCUCGACGCCUUUCUGCGGCGACUGGACGUUCUCAUUGGCUUCGUGAUCAUCGUGCUCGUCGCAAUCGACAGCGUCGCCAACAACUGGGAAAUCAACUCGUUUGUCGGCGACGGGUACGCGUUCUUGACACCGAUCGCGGCGGUCUCGCACGCGGCGGAUCUCGAGGCCCAGUACAGCUUUCCGAGCACGAGUGGAUUGGACGACUUGUCCAAAAUCGGGUUUUGGAUGGUCAACUACACCGUGCACGCGAUGGUGACCAAGAGCUCGGAUCUCUACGUGCUCUCGGUCGGGUCGUUUCCGCUCACGUCUAGCAUCGACCAGUGCAAGAUCUUUAAAGCGACGUAUCCGCAUGACGUGGCCGCGUCCUCGACCGCCCAUUUUGGCAUCGCUUCGAACGCCGUGACGUACUUUCGAGGCAACGUCUUCUCGCAUGCGUUCCAAUCGGAUGCGACGACGAAUCUGCCGACUGCGAGCAUGCACGAUGGGCAGCUCCGAGACAUUGGAUAUGUCCCCGGACGCACGGGCACCGACAUGCGGCUCACGACGGGUGUUGUCGUCGCCAACGUCUCUACCGCCCAGAACCUUCUCGUGGCGUGGUACAAGAUUUCGCCACGGAGCUUUUGCACCGGAUGCACGCCAGUGACAGAGCUCGGGUACGGCCAGUGCAACAUGACGCUUGUGUACAACGACACGACCAAGCAAGUGGUUAUCUCAAGCAGUGUCAACCACUUUGGCUCCAUGUACAAGGUAGGCGUGCUCUUGCCGCAGUCGGGCUUCUCGUCGGCGUCGCACUAUGUCAAGUUGACGGCGAUUUUUUUUGCCGUCGGGGGGUAUCUCGCAGGCCGCCGCACGGUGCAGUGGGUUGAUAUCGAAGCGCUCUUGGCCAACGCCGACUCGAUUUUGGCCAAGAUUGCGCGCACCGUGUCGCCAAAAUACUUUCCGUACCCGAGUUUGGCGCUCCGCUUUGACAUGUUUUGCUACAAUUCGGACAUUUUUGUCUUUUUGUUUGCGACCGGCGUCCUCCUCGACAUUGGCAACUGCCUCAUGUACCUGCGCGUCAUCAAUCUCUUCAACGCGCCGUCGCCGAGUAUAGUGUACAACAUUCAGCAGUACGCGCUCAGCACCCGUCUCUUAUGGAUCAAUUGCGCCGUGCUCAAGCUGCUCAAGAUUUUGUGCAACCUCGUCAUGACGUCGACGUACAAUGGCGAAAACAAGAUCAUGCGGUACUUGAAUUUGACCAACGUCACAUCCUUGUACAUUAGCGCGAUCGCGCUCAUGUACGUGCCGCCGUUCAUCGAGUAUUCCAACAGCGUCCUCCACGACCUCAACCACAAGGUCCAAAACCUCGAUGACAUCCACGUGCUUGCUUUUGACAGCUUUUACCUCCGCGUGGUGCCCUUCAUUUUGGCGCUGGUCGUGAUCAACCUCGCGUGUGUGCUUUUGCUCGACCACUUUUUCUACUACAAGUCGUGGCAGCUCCUGGCAAAAAACUCGCUCGCGCGCCAAGCCAUUUUCAACAGCAGCUCCAUCUUGUGCGAUUACCUGCACGGCAUCGAGCCCGAUCAUGACGUCGAUAGCAAGGGCUCGCAGCUCGUGUGCAAGGCGCGUCGCCUCAGUACGCUCCAGUGGUUCUUUACGAGUCACCUCGUUUGCUUUGGCCUUCCCGAGAAGGAGCUCCGCGCCAAGAAAAAAAUGCUCCAAACGUCGUCCAUCACAACGACAUCAGAAGAUUCGACAAGCGUCAAGUGCAUGGUCGUGCAAGACGGCGACCGCCACGUGCACUUGCUCGACGCGCAGCUCGCGGAUGUUACGCCCCUCGUGUACAAUAUCAAAAUCCUCAAGGACACGACCGUCGUCAUUCAAUGAUGCAUUUAAU